AAAACAAACUGUGACAUUCAGGUAUAGAUUCAUUGGUUAACCGAUACCUGAGUAACCAAUGGAUGAGCUGAUGGAUUCUCUCUUUUUGAAGUUGACAAGGCUGCGAGAUCACAUUUUAUAUUGACAAAUGAAAGAGGCAAAUGAUGGAGGGAGUACAGGGUUUCCUCUCCCGACUUGACUUAGCUGAACACGUGGAAAUGUUUAUGGCGAAAGGAUUUGAUUCAGAGGACGAUCUUCCUUACUUAAAAGAGGAAGAUCUUGACUCGAUGUACAUCACUGAUCACAAGGCCAGGCAAAAAAUACUUCAGGCCGCACCACAUUACAAGCCCAGUAGAGAAUACAUUCUGUAUGACUGGUUGCGAGGGAAGGGGUUGGACCACUAUUUCGUCAGUUUCAUACAAAGUGAACUUAUUGACCUCGUAGAUAUUGCCAGACUGAACCUCCCGGAUGAGCAACUCUACGAUGAACUGGAGAUAACUCUUCCAGGACAUAAACGGCGGCUUGAAAGAGCAGUUCGAAGCUUGGCAAAGAAACAUAAAACAUCUUUACCAUCAUUCAUUAGAUACAAACCGGAUGUCAGUAGGUCAGACUCUGAGCAAAGUGCGCCAAUUACGUCAUUAGAAAACGAACUUCCGGUUGCUUAUGGAAGAUGGGGAAAGCCCCGCUGUCUUGUUGAUGCAAAGUACGAUUUCUUAAUACUGGAUGCAACUGUGGUGUCAACAAAUGAUCCUCGAGAUAGGGUACAUAUAGAAUUCAUGGUGGAUUCCGGAAGUGACGUAGUAACUCUGAGACAGGAAGUGCUGGAUUCCAUGGACUUGGAGCUGAUUGGUCCAAUAAACAGUAAAGGAGUACAUGGUUCAAAGGUCAAAAAUCUUUACCGAGCAAACAUUCUGAUUGGGAACCAGCUGAUCGAAAUUGAGGUGAUGGGAGAGUCAUAUGAUUCCAUUGGUAGUCGCGUAAUACGUCACUUCCGACAUUAUAUAAAUGGAGCACGCCAUAUAUGGUUAAAGGGAGACUUUAUAGAUCCAACGCUACCUCAUAAAACUCACAUCCCUGAAAAGGAAAUCACUGAAAUACCUGUUCCCCCUGCAGAUAUAGAUGCGUCAGUUUCACCAGUCCAGGAAACGAUGCAAGUAGAGGAAGUGGGAGGUCCUGCGUUAGAGAAUUCAUCAGAAACAGAGAGAGGUCACGACGAGGGCAUAGAAAACGUUAGUACCAAAGAACAACAAUUUGAUAAAGGUGAACAGGUACAAAAAGACUUUAUUAAAGUUGACAUUGUUAAAGAAGCAAGUGAAUGUAAAGGAACUACGCCUACCAUAGAUGCUGAUAAGAAAAUUGAGUUUGAAUUUGCUAAAGUGGAAGGGGAAGUUGAUGAGCAAGCUAGAACAGAAACUAGAGAUGUUAAUGAAGACAAUGUAGAUGAGACGGAUAAAAUCCUGUGUCGCGAAAACGAAAUUAUUGACAUUCGUCCAAUCAUAGCAGCGAAUAGAAAACGUCACGCGAGUAAUACCGGAGGAGUGGAACCGGAAGAAGGAAUAGCUAAAAUUAAUGGCGGACGGUUGUUGAAAAAGAAGAAAACGGCUCUGAAAAAUGAUUCUAAUGUUAUAGAGACGAUAUCUGAUCAUAUGAACGGAACUUGCCAUAUAGACAAACUAGGAAUUGAAACGUUUAGUACAGUGCUUAAUCAAAGAUCGGUAUAUUAUAGAUCUCAGGUAAAAAUGGAGGGAGAUGGGCCUAGUUGAUACAUGAAGUCAGAGUUUUAUAUUUGGACCAAAUCUAUCUCCAUGAUCAAGUGCUAUCUUAUACGUAUUAACUUAAACUUACUUUAAUUCUUUAAUUUUAUGUUCCAUGAUAAAGGGUAAAUAGUAAUCAAAAUAUUGUGUACAAUUUGAAUUUGUCUCCCGGCGUAGGUUCGAGCCGCGCAAACGUCUUCGAAUUCUUUUAUGUGAGGCAGUUAUCCAACUGGCUUACGGAACGUCAGUGGUUCUACUCGGGUGCCGGUUUAUGACUGAAAUAACGAAGAGUGGCACUCGAGGUCUGCCUCCAACAGUAAAGCUGGAAAGUCGCCAUAUGACCAAAACUGUGUUGGUGCGACAUAAAACCUUAUUGGAAAAUUGUCUGUUUCAGGUAUAUAUAUUUCUGCAACUUGUUACAAGAUUACAAUAGACCUAGACAUUUCGUGAGAGUGUUCAUUUUUACAGGAGUUAUGGCCUUUUCAUAUACUAUAUUUUAAAAACUUGUAUGUUGUGGAUGUAUUAUUAUUCAUAUGUCAAUACCUCCUUCCUACCCUUUGUGAAUUAUUCUUGUGAAUUUGUGUAUGAACUUGGAAUCCUUUGAAUUUAGAUCUUUCUUUAGUAAAAGCCCUGUAUGUUGUAAUAAAGGAUUUAACAACACUUAAUUGAAUUUGUAUAUAAAUGCAUAUAAUUAUUCUUUUAAAACAAUUUUAAAACAUCCAAUAAUAUGUUAAAUAAGUACUGCAAAUGAUUAUAUGCAUAAUAUGUAAUUAUUAAAAUGUAUGCAUUCAUUUCUUAUUGAAAAAUUUGGCUUUGAUUUUAUAGAAAAUAUUUUUUCUAAUUACCUCCCUUUAUUUACAUGAAAUGUUAAUUCGGUAAUAUCUUUACAAAUAAUGCUUUUUGGAACUUACGAUAUUGAUAUCUUCAUUUGAGCAUUGUAUUUAUGAUUUUAAACCAUGAAAAGAAUGAGUUACAGGAUCUUAAAGGAAUUAAGCAGACGACAAUUUAGAUACUAGUCAGACUGUACAGAACUUCAGGUGAGCUGGACUAUAUUGAU